AUGACCCUGUCUCAGAAACAUGUCUUGUCCGCCGCUCUUGCUGCCUUCGUCGCUUGGGGUCUUGCAGUACGCUAUCUCCCCGUUUUGCGAUUCCUCGGAUAUGCCUUUACAGCUGGUUGUCUGUCCAGCGUAUUCCUGCUGGUUGCAGCCAUUCUCACCUCGACGAUCUCUCCCUCAAAGCUUCGUCGCCAGUCCUCACUUUCCUGUGACAUUCCGAAUUUCAUGACGCCUCCGAAAUGGUCCGCAGAACUGGACCAAUACAACCGUUCACGCCGCUACAAAGCUCUGCAGCUCCACGACCAAUCGUUUGUCGUUUCACAGGCUGUAGAUAGCCUCCUCUCGUUGGCCCUGAGGGACUUUGUGACUUCGUGGUACAGCAACAUCACCCCCAGCCCGGUCUUUGUCAAUGAGGUGGACAGGAAUAUCCGGGCAGCCCUGGUGGAGAUUAGGGAUCGAAUCCUGAAAGAAGACAUGGUCAAUGUUAUUGUCUCCAAAGUUGUUCCAAUAAUCACUGCUCACUUGCGAGACUAUGACCAGGCCGAACGUGCCGUCCGGGGUCGAAGUUUGAAUCGCAACGUAACAGAGUCAGAAGAACUAGAACUGGCGAUAGCUGCCAAGUACAAGGAUGGAAAGCUGCAUGCGGCAGCUUCUCUCACUUAUUCUGACGCAAAGACCAUUCAGCAAGAUCAUCUUCGGAAAAUCCUUGUUCGCAUUCUCCCAGAUAUACUCUCUCCCAACAUGUUGGGCAGUCGUGCAACCUUGGUUCUUGUUAAGGAAAUUAUAUCCUGUGCAGUAUUGUAUCCUGUACUGCAACUCCUUGCAGAUCCCGACACUUGGAAUCAAAUUGUUGAGGCCUACGGACGAACCACACUUCAGGAUAGGCAAACUGUAAGAAGGAUGAGGGCUGCCUUAGACCAACACACCUCUUCCGUGCCCAAGCCGAGGGCAGAGCAGCAAUUGCCCCGCUUGGCGCCCGAUGAUAGUGAGCGAGCUUUUGAGCGAUUUGUUAGGGCCAUUCGCAAGACCAAGAACUUAUCCGACGCCCGACGAUUUCGUAGCUCAAUUGCCAGCCAGAUUCAACGGGAAAGCUUGGUCGAAGGUCAAGAUCCGGUCUAUUUACGCAGACUCGAGAUGGCAAAGCGCGUUCUCGACCAAAAAAUUGUGAAGCUCAGUCGAACUGGCAGUGUUGUCCAGCCAUCCGUCUCUCAAAACGACAAUCGUACAAAUACGAGCCCCAAAACCCGUGAAUGGACACUGGUGGAAAUCAUGCAUACCGCUUCAGGGCUAUCCUAUUUCAUGGAGUACAUGGAUCGGCAACAGAAAAUGUCCCUAGUCCAAUUUUGGGUUGUGGUCGACGGCUUCCGCAAUCCCUUAGAGGACGAUUUUGGGGACGACACUGCGCCGGUAGCACAACAGCAUUGGACGGAUACCGAUCGAAUGGACAUUGCGCAAAUCAGUGAAGCAUACAUGCUCAAGCCAGAACUGAAUAUCCCACAGGAAAGUAAGGAAGCCAUCAAAGCAUUCCUUGUUGCCGGGCGCAGGGCAACAACACAGCAGUACCAAUCUGCAAGAACGGCCAUUCUCUCAGCACAAUCGGCCGUCUUAGAAGAAUUGACAGCGCAGCAUCUUCCGAACUUUCGGAAGUCAGACUUGUACUACAAGUUUCUUGCAUCUGGUGAAGCCUCAUCCAUGCAACCCCGGCUACCGAGCUCCGACCAGCUGGCAGCUGACAUUUUACCCGCGCAAAAUGCGAUCUUGAAGCUACAGGCGCAACCUCAUGUAAUGAUGCGUACCAAUUCGCAACCAGCAGUCAAACCUAAAGACCUUCGGCGUGCUGCUGCAUCCUCCACUGAUGUUCGUAGUUUGGCUUCCUCUAGACUCUUCGAUGAUGAUCUCCCCAAACGCUCUGGGCCCUCGGCACCUCUUUUCGACGACGGGUAUGAUACCGACCCAUUGGCGCACUCUACCAACAGCCUGGGUCAUGAAUCUAUGAACGGCGACGCCGCAGCAGAGCAACGUCAGGUCAUCGAAAGCAUGGAAGCCGCUAUGAACAAUAUUAUGACCGACGAACCCGUUGAAGAUGGCAGAAGUUAUGAUGACGAUGCACUGUUUGGCUCUCCAAUAUCCAUUACCAAGUCAACCAGGACUUUGGAGUCUCCUCGUGAGUCACUUGACACUCCAAACAUCGAUGCAGUACCCGCAAGCAAAACAAAACCAAGUCUUGCGACAUUGGGGCUUGUCAAUACGUCCUCUCGCAUCGGAGUGUUCCGUGAUAACGAUCUGUUCCCCGACGAAGAAAAGUUCCUAGAGGACGAAUAUGUGGACAAUGACAGCUUUAAAGAUGAUGAAAUCGGUGAAGAUGAAAUCCACGAGGCCGCACCUGGCGACCUUGGUCUUGCAGAAGCAAUAACGGGCCUCACAAACGACAUUGAACGACUUAUAUCUCAGGAAUCCGUGGUAGAUGCAUUAACUCGCAAAGCCGAACUGACAAACAAUGUCGCGGAGCUCCGAAUCCUGUCGAAGUCCAAGUCAAGUCUCCAGCGGGAGAUACGUCGUAAAGAGCUCCAGCGCCAACAAUACAUUGUUCAAGAGAGUGACAACAGCUUGUUUGGUCGAUCGAAUAUUUCUAUUCAGUCAGUUGUCGUAGGCAAAGAAGAGGAUGGUCGGGAGUUUGCGCUGUACGUCGUCGAGGUUCAGCGACAAGCGGGUGAACAAAUGCCUGCUGCUAUGUGGGUGGUGACCCGUCGAUACAGUGAAUUUCACGACCUGCAUCAACGUUUGCGACGGAGGUAUCCUUCCACGAGAGACCUCGAAUUCCCGCGGAGAAGAGUGGUCAUGAAGCUUCAAAAAGCUUUUCUGCAGAAUCGACGGCUUGGGCUAGAAACUUAUCUCCAACAGCUACUUCGGAUGCCCGAUGUAUGCCGAAGCCGAGAAUUGAGGGCUUUCCUUUCUCAACAGAGCAUUGGAUCCCACAACAUCGGCAAUGCAACCGAGACGCAAGACAUUGUGAGUCGAAUUUACAAUUCAGUGACUGAUGGCAUGGAUGAAUUCCUGGGUAACAUUUCCGUUCUCGAUCAGCUGUCUGUUGCCGGUCAAAAUCUGAUCUCUGCUGCAACCAGUCAGCUAGGCAUGAACCAAGCUGAUGUUGUGUCAAUCGAAACUGGCCCGGUAGCGGAAGCUGAAGCUGAGCUUGCUGCCUUUGAAGAUAGGGAGUUGGAGCCCUUUGUCAAACCAAUUUGCGAUAUCUUCCUUGAGACAUUUGAACUUAACCGAGGAAACAAUUGGCUGCGCGGCCGUGCUGUGAUCGUGGUGCUGCACCAACUCUUAGGCGGCACUAUUGAGCGCAAGGUGCGUGAGCUCGUCAAAGGGUUCACACAGGAAGAUACACUACUCAAAUAUAUCGCAAUGAUCAAAGAUACCAUGUGGCCAGGAGGGGGCCGGCUAAGAGAAUCCAAGCCUCGAACAGCACCGGAGAAGAAGAAAUCCAAGACCGAGGCUGCGGUGAUGCUGAGUACGCUCGUCCCAGAGCUUGCAGCCAGCGUAGUUGGCAGAGCCAACGCACAGGCCGCCGCCCGAAGGAUAUCCGCAACGAUGAAUAACGCCCGUCUCAAUCAGCACCUUGUCUUUACCAUCCUUGAUGAGAUUAUUGGAGUAUUGUUUGAUCCAUCGAAAAAGGCUAUGGAUUGA